UCCAUUUUCGACUAUGAGUAAUUCUCAAAUAUCAUCAUCCUCUUUGUCUUCAAAUGGAACCGAUGAUUAUUAUUAUCGGGUCAUGGCUUCAUUUGAUGAGGAGCAAGAUUUAUUGCUUCGCAUGUAUGCGAAUAAUAAUCACCUCUUGACGGAUUUGGAUGACAAUGAGGACGACGAGGCUGAAUCGAGGCGUAGAGGAGCAGUUCCUGGCCAUAUAGUUAUUAAUCGUCCUCGACAAGAAGCUGGAUAUAAUCUAUACAUGGAUUACUUUGUUGAGGUUCCGCGAUUCGGAGAAGCCAAAUUUCGCAGACGAUUUCGAAUGAGCAACAAUUUAUUUCAUCAAAUUGCGGAAGCCGUCAAAGAUCACGAUAAUUUCUUUGUGCAACAAUGCGAUGGUAUUGGUAAGCUCGGAUUAUCAUCUUUGCAAAAAUUUACAGCUGUUUUUCGAAUGCUUGCAUAUGGUGUACCAGCUGAUGCCCUUGAUGAAUAUUUAAAAAUUGGUGAGUCUACUGCAAUUCGAUGUAUGAAAAGGUUUUGUCGAGCUGUUAUAGAGGUUUUUGGAAACCGCUAUCUAAGAACACCUAACGCCGAGAAUGUUGCGAGACUUUUUUAUAUAUGUGAAGAACGUGGGUUCCCAGGAAUGUUAGGGGGCUUAGAUUGCAUGCAUUGGCGUUGGAAAAAUUGUCCAACAGCUUGGGCAGGAAUGUAUGCAGGGCGUAGUAGAUCACCAACUAUUAUCCUCGAGGCAGUAGCUGAUUAUGAUCUGUGGAUCUGGCAUGCACAUUUUGGUUUACCAGGCUCCAACAACGACAUCAAUGUGCUUGAAGCAUCUCACCUAUUUGCAAAUCUUGCGGAAGGUAAAUCUCCUCCCGUUAAUUAUAAGAUUCUAGAAAAAGAUUAUGACACCGGUUAUUAUUUAGCCGAUGGUAUAUAUCCUAAGUGGUCUACACUAGUGCAAACUAUUCAUGAUCCUCAAGGUCCAAAAAAAGUAUUGUUUGCCAAAAAACAAGAGUCGUGUCGGAAGGAUGUUGAAUGAGCAUUUGGAGUUCUUCAAUCACGUUGGGCAAU